GGAAGCCCCCAGUUCGUUCCAAGUUCCCUUCCGUGAAUGUACUUUUCAUUUUCGCGCCGAUUUAUUCACAAAUCACUCUUGGCUCUUUGAGUCUUCAAAUUGAAUUACUGUUAAGGGAAAUGUAGUGCAAUAAUCGUAGAUGAAUAUUUGAAAUAGAAAAAAACAUAAUUAACUAAAGCUCAUGGCUGAAUCUGAACCGCCUGGAGCGGACCCCCAAGAGUCCGAAGUGGACAAAGAGGCUCUUGAGCGAGAGAAUUAUGCUCGCAGGGAAGUAGCAGCUGAAUGGCAUGUACCUCUGGGUGGUAAGGUAUUUCGUGUGGAAUUUGAGCAUGGAACAGCAAGUGGGAAAAGAGUCCUUUGGAUUGAUGGGAAGGAGAUUUUGAGACGAGACUGGAUGUUUAAGCUCGUUGGAGAAGAUUCUUUCCAUUUGGAUGGAGUUCGGUGCAUCCUUCGUGUGGACCCAGCUCCGGGAUUUAAGUACACUUAUUCACUUUUUGUGGGUGGACAAGCUUUUGAGCAAUUUACAGAAAGGCAAGCAAGAGCUCUUAAAGCAUGGGAAAUUACAGUCAGGGACAAAUUCUACAGGAUAGUGUUAGAGAAAGACAGUCUCAACGUGUACCUGAACGGAAAACUUCGGGAAGAAGUAGGAGAAUUUGUGGAUGGCGGUGCAGAUACCACAUUCCAAGCUGAUGGCAACGUCUUCAUCCUGCACAGCCGAAGCAGUGGCAACAAACGCACUGGUAUCCUCCAUUCAGUGACUGUGAAUGGAGCCCAAGUGCCCGAAGUGGAUAUAAAGUAAAAGGAAAUUAACAAAAAUCAAACGAAAGGGUUGACUACCCCUUAGCCAAGACACCCUCAAUGGAGACGCCGGGUGGGCAAGUAGUAGAGAGAAAAACGAUAUUUCAAAUUGUAUGUUCAUUUUAAUUAAUUUUCAUGCUAUUUUUCUUCAAUAUUGUUAUCAUUAAUAUUUGCAAUACAAACCAUUUGAUUAAUUCAUCAUCGUAAUCAUAGUUGAUUGUUUUUUAAAGCAAUAAUUAAAAUUGAAUACGAGAAAGAAAAUAUAAUGAACAAAGAUCUCAACAUUUUUCUUUAAAAAUAAAAAAAAGAAUUCUCCUUCCAAAUUUUCUUGUAAUUAUUUAUAUUUAAUUGAAAAUAUUUCUGCUUGAGAAGUAAAUUGAUUUUUAAUUAGGAAGGAUACAGUAAAUUCAUUGAUAUUUUAUAUUUUCUUCAAAUAAUUAACAGUUUUUUUAUAAGACUCUUUUUUUUUGUUUAAAUAGUGGUAGGAGUGAAAUUUUUCAUCAAUAAUCUUUGUCAAUAAAUAGCUAUUUUUAUAUUGGGUAUCAAUGAAUUGAUAGAGGAAAAAAGAUUGUGAAUUUUCAAAUGUGACUUCAAUACAUUUUUCUUCUUCAUUUUGACUCUAAAAACAUACUUCAUAGAAAUUCAUCUUGUUUUUUUUUUCUUUUUACAAUAUUUAACAUCCUUCAAAAGAGUUUUUAAAUAUUCGUUUCAAAGAAAAGCUCAAAAAAAAUGUAAAAGAAAACAUAAUUAUUGUAUAAAUCUUUGUAAUAAAGAAAAUUUAAAGAAA